AUGUCUUAUAACCAAGAUUACCAAUAUUUGAAUAGUAACGGUGGUGAUGAUGGUGGAAUGAGGUCCAAUUAUCAAAACGAACAACGAUACGAUUAUUAUAACAACGGUUAUCGAAAUAAUAAUUAUUUAUCAAAUUCAUCGUAUCAUCAAUAUAAUCAUAAUUUAGAAUACAUAAAUUCAGACUUUAACUAUACAAACUUUUCUAAUAACUCGAAUAAUCAAAUUUCGUAUAUAACACCGCCACCGUCCUAUAACUCUUCAUCAUGUAAUUGGCUAAAUUCUCAUGCAGAUCAAACUUAUUUGCAAAAGAAAACACCACGUCAUCCCAAAUAUGAUCGAAAUAAUCCAUUUCGUUUUACUAGCAUAGAUACACAACAACAACAGCAACAACCACAACAACAAGUAAUGAAAAAUGAUUUACGAACAAAAAAUAAAGCGAAACGUCUUCGUGAAUUAGCUAGGCAAAAAAAACAAUCUGUACUAGCGUUUUUAAUAAAGAAAACAACAAAUCCACUUGAAUCUUGGAAACAAUCAGUGAAAAAAGCAAAUAUUAGUGAAGGUCUAGAACAAAAAUCACAAUAUUUGGAAACUAUGUUACGUUUAAAACAAAAACCAUCUGUAUCAUCGUCCACAUUUGAUCGAACAAGGUUUGCUGAUGAUGAAACAUUAAAAAGUACAGCAAGAAUUACUAACACAUUAUCAAUUGCAACAUCUACUGAAUUAGAAUUAAUCGGUAAUAUACAUGAAUACGACGAUAUAGCUAAAAUAGAAAAUUUUUUAUUCAGCAAUAAUAAUGAAAUUCUCACUCCUGCGUCAACAUCACCACAACAACAAAUGCCGUCAUCAUCGACAUCUGUGGAUAAUAUUGAACAUGAGAAAAAUGGACAGCAGGAAACUACAAGGAAACCGGGUCAAGGCUUUCUUAUUGAUUGUGAAGAAGAUGACAUGGAAGAACAACAGGGGGAACCAUCUGACAGUAUGAACAUAAAUGACGAUCAGCCCAAAGCGAUUCUAUCAGAUUUAGCGUUAACUAUUCCGAAUGACAAUCCACGAGUGAGAAAGAAAUCAAAAAAGAAAAAGAAAAGAGUGCAACUUUCUACCGAAGAAGAAGCAGAAUCAUUGACAAACUGGAUAGUCGAAUUUCCCACCACAUCUCCAAUAGAUGAUCACUCGAUAACAACCACCAGCUCUAUAACACCUGUUGAUAAUGAGCUUUUGAACAGUAUACUAAAUUAUGAUGAUUCUCCUACAAAUAAUUAUUCUCAACUAUUAUCGUCUAACCAGCAAUUAAAACGUCCUCAUGUCGACAUGAUAUUGACUAUGAUUAAAGAUCAGCAGGAACAAUUAAAAAAAUUAAGAUCAUGUGUCAUGAUGGCAUUAGGCAUUUCACCAAAUUCUAGUAGAAAAUCAUCGACAUCAUCGUCAAUUAGAAAAAUAAAUUCGUUAAACAUUAAUGAAGAAUUGAUCAAAACAUUCUUAAAUGCACAACAAACCGUUGGAUGUUGGCUAUGCUCAGCGAAAAAAUCGCCAGAUGAACCAGAUCCAGAUAUGACAGCAAUUAAAUUACUCUUCAAACGUUUAAAUAUUCCUUUAUCACCUUCAAAGACAGCUGAUCCUGCAAUGAUGAUUGAACAUCUAGGUAUCAUCUUUGAUACUCGUCGUAUGUUAGCAAGCUUGCCAGAAGAUAAACGUUUGUGGACACAUAAAGUCGUUAAGCAAUAUUCACUGAAGCGGAAUUGUACUAAACGCGAAUUGGUGAGUCUUCUCGGUUAUUUGGAUCAUGCACCGUAA